GAGGAGAACCGAGGGAAUCCUCUUAACUAGGUAAUCUCUGCACCCAUCUGCUGUUAUAGUCAUCCACCACAUCCAGACUCCAGCAAUAUUAGUCUCGUUUAACCAGUGCAAGUUAAGACCAUGCUGCUGUCUCCUCAGGCAGAGAGGAACUGGGAAGAUCUGUGUUUAGUGCUUGAAGAUGUGCUGGAAGACCAGUCCCACAGGCAGCUGUUUGCCUUAGAGUUGGGCUCUGGAACUGGGCAGCAUGUCAUACGCUUUGCCCAAAAGAUGCCCUUUGUUACCUGGCAGCCAUCAGACAUCAAAGAAGAGUCUCGGAACAGUAUUAAGGCAUACAUUGCUGCAACCCAUGCAAAGAAUGUGCUGCAGCCAGUCCACCUGGAUGCCAGGGAACCGUGGGAGAAAUGGGCCGGCCUUUCUCGCAGAUCCUGUGAUGUUAUUGUUGCCAUUAACUUACUACAAUACAGCUCCUUCAAAACAGCACAGGGUGUUUUCAAUGGAGCAGGUCAGAUCCUAAGGCAAAAUGGCCUUUUAAUAACUUAUGCGGUGUAUGCUGUUAAUGGCACUAUUACACCAAGUUGUAAUGAACAUCUGGAUGCGGAGCUUCGACAAAUGGAUCCAGAGUGGGGUCUUCCAGACAUCAAUGUGUUGAGACAGCUGGCCUAUGAGAACGAGAUGCGUAUGGAGAGGAUUAUUGAGAUGAAAGAAUACUACAAAUGCCUCAUCUUCAGAAAACUUUAAAGAAGCCAUACUGUACAAGGAAAAGAGUUUUGUAUAUAGUACCUAUGCACAAUUUAAAGCACAUUUUGUCAUGUCACUUAAUGUUAUGCUUUGGCCUUUACCCCUCUUACUGAAACAUGCAUCAAUGGGACAUGGAACACUGUAUUUCCAUGAAUAAAAGUUGUCAUACAAUUCAUAUCUUUCUUUUCAAAUCCUGUGGAAGGUUUUAGAAAAAAAACAAAAAAGCAAGGGGACAAUAAGAACCAGAUAUUUAUUAAAUAUAAUUUUAAAAUUACUUUUAAAGUCAGACAGAUAAGUAUGAUGGAAAAAAGAAGUUCACAGAUUGCAACUGAAUGGUUACGGUAAUUACUGAUUGGAUGUGUGUGAUACAUACAUGCGGCACUCAUGUUCGCUCUGUAAGCAUUUCCACAUUUUAUGUAGAGCCAAGUACACUU